CCACGUGCCGCGUUAGAAAAGAGCGGGAAAAUUUAACCUGCGUGCGCGCGCUCAAAGUCGUCAUUUCAACAAAUAACAAAAAUAACGUUAUCGUUGUAAUUAUCAUCAUCGACAACAACCACAACACCAGAGCCUUCUCGCUCACAAACGUGGUGUUGGUGCUGGAGAGGCGGGAGGACCCCAGUCGAGGCGAGAUGUCGUCGGGAGCGGCGGCGGAGAGGGACUUGGACUGCCCAGACCUGAACAAGAUCGUAACGCUGAUCGCUCAACUUCAAUACGAGGAAAGUAAACUGGUCAAUACCAUGGCUGAGGAAAAUGAAAAGGCGAGAUUCAAUGCAGAUGAAUUAAAGGAGACACGGGAAAAAAUAAAAGAGAUUGGAGUGAAAACCAGGGAACUUGAUGAGCAGUGUGUACAGCUUGAGCAUAAAUUGGAGCGCAAAAAGACCGCUUGUGAAACCUUAAAAUUGCCUCUGACAAUAUUAGUGCAACAUGAGUUGACUCAAAAGUCCAAAUUGCAAGAUGCCAAGGACAACAAGGCAAAGGAAGUGAAAUAUUAUGAUGAACUCAGGCAACAUUACUUGACGAUUUGGAAUAAAUACCAAGAAGAAUACAAGAAGCUGCCAUAUUCUAUACAUUUCCACAAGCAGAAGGAGGAAAUGGAGGCCAAAAAACAGAGACAUGACGAGCUGGCCAUGGAAGUGGAGGAAUCGCAAGGGGGCACCUUGCAAAGUCGGUUACAGACGUUGAAUGAAUUGGUGGUGGGGACGGUCCAGACGCAGGAAAAUACAUUGGAAUUUGAAGCAUUGGCUGCGGCUAAGCAGCAGUCAUCUCUGCACGUCCUGGAAAAUGAAAGUGAAAUACUCAAGCUUCAGAAACAUCACGUCUCUAGUGGAGCCGUCAUCAGGGACCGUGUGGACAGUACUGACAGUCAAACAGACACGGAUGUACGCCACGGAGGCCCAGUCUCCUUAUGUCUGCCACGAGCACAAAACCGCGACGACUUGCAGCACAGGGAAAGGGGACAAUUCCCACAAGUGGCUCUUUCACCAAAUCAAGUGGAGGUCGUGAUGCAAAUUCCUGCAGAAAAAGCUCAACCAUCACUCAGCGCUAAAGAGUUCGCAUGGAAUGUACGUCCGCCAAAAAUAAACACCAAGUCCAGCCAACCGCCGCGCAUGCCUGAACUUCAGAUCCAUCUUCAAACCGACAAAACAUGUGGUCAGGGAAAUACAGGAGACGCCGCUGCAGAUGGCAGCAGAAUUGCUCUUGCGUCUAAAGCUGCGGAGGGUUCGAGAAAAAACAUCUUCAAGGUUGUGCAGCUGCCUGCGUCACUUCAAGAUCGUAUGAGACUUCAACGAGAAGACGUGCCUAAAGAGAAGGACAAAGCACUACAAGACAAGGAUGAAGAAACUGACAUCAAACAAAUGGAAUAUGAGAGCAGAAGUUGCAGUCAACGAUCUCUGACUCAGGAAUCAAUUGGAUAUGCCGAGUUGUCCACGGUCUUUGAAGAAGAUGAAACUCCUUCCCAAACCUCGCCGUCCACUCUGGCGGGACAAGGAGAUGCCAUUGUUCCCGCGAGCAACGCAAGUUCACUCAAAGCACCACACUCAACUGAAGCCAAUGAGAGUGGUGAAACUUCAAUGGAAAAUUUUUUUGAUAUGUUUCUGCCAAAAUCUCCAGGCUUCAUUUUUACCUGCAGACCAAUGUUUAACACCAGAAACUCAGCACAGAAUCAAUUUGGAGGCGCUUCAGAGGAGACAUCUCAUGAAAUGUUUAAAGCAGCAGCUUCGACUGAAGCCACUGGAAAUGGCAGUGAACUCCCGCAAGGAUUUACUUUGUUUAAUGCUCCAAACUCGGAACGGAACGAAGGGUCCAGCUUUCCACUUGACUGCUGGGGCAGCAAUAGCUCCUCGACUGGUCUUAAUGAUCUUAACAUGCCGGAAAUUUUGGGUGGGCGCACUGGAUUUAAUUUGUUUUAAUGAAUAGUAUCAUAACGUUAAUGCCAUUUUAAAAUCUAUGUAUUUUUCGAUAAAUGGACCACCGACAUACACUGCUUUUAAACAAAAAGAAGCAAGUUUAUCAGUACAAAAAAUGAAUCGCCAGGGAUGAAAGAUAUGUUACAAAGGUAAUACUUUACUAGUUAUGAGCUACAUCAGUGCCCACACCACAAGCAUCAGUUUAACACGUAGUAGGCUUUCACGACCAAUAUCAUCCAUAGUACAGGCUUUUUGGAUUCAAUCGCGUAAAUGUGUCGUUAAACCCACCACCACCCGACACAGCCAAUUAGUAAGGUUUGUCACGUUAAACAGAACAUGCCAAUUUGUUACCAGUACAAUACAUUGGUGUGUUGGAGAGCAAAGCCACAACAUUACAUUUUUUCUGUAAAUGUUGUGGCAUUCUUUUUUGUAAAUGUUGUGAC